UGACAAGAUGUCAAGUGUUAAAGUUGUGAAGUUUUGAAAUCUAAUUUUGAGCAUUUUGAGUUUUUUCGUGUUCGAUUAUUUUCAUUAGAAAAUUAAAGCUAUCACAAUUUCUUGAAAAGGAAAAUAAAUUCGUGUAGACUGACCAGAGUCCACGAAUAGAGUUUAAAGGAAAAUACUACUUAUUUCAUCAAAAAGAAGAUGACCGAACAACACCGAUUUGGAAGCGUUAUAAACCCUAUAACUUGUCAUGCUUGGAAUAAAGAUAAGAGCCAAAUUGCUUUUUCUCCUAACAACAAUGAAGUUCACAUAUAUAAACGUAUUGGUACUGAAUGGAAACUCAUCGAUACACUAAACCAGCAUGAUUUGCGUGUCAUGGGUAUAGAUUGGGCUCCAAACACCAAUAGAAUUGUAACUUGUGCCGCAGAUCGAAAUGCUUAUGUUUGGUCCCAAGACAAAGAGGGAAAAUGGAAACCGACCUUGGUACUAUUGAGAAUUAACAGAGCUGCUACAUGCGUUAAAUGGUCACCAGACGAAAACAAAUUCGCUGUAGGUUCAGGUGCACGACUCAUUUCCGUCUGCUACUUCGAAUCGGAAAAUGAUUGGUGGGUAUCUAAACAUAUUAAGAAACCCAUUCGUUCAACUGUCACUUGUUUGGAUUGGCAUCCUAAUAACGUGCUCUUGGCAGCCGGAUCCUCGGAUUUCAAAGUUAGAAUUUUUUCUGCCUACAUUAAAGACAUCGAGAAAACACCAGAAUCUACACCUUGGGGUGCUAAAAUGCCCCUAGGACAAUUGAUGUGCGAAUUUGUCAAUUCUAAUGCUGGAGGAGGCUGGGUGCACAGUGUCAGUUUUUCUCCUGAUGGAAAUACACUUUGUUGGGUAUCACACGAUUCUUCGAUUAACAUAGCCGAUGCCACAAAAGGAAACGCCGUGCAAAAACUUGGAACAGAAUUUUUGCCGUUCUUAAGCUGUACUUGGAUUUCCAACAGAUCGAUCGUAGUAGCAGGACACAGUUGCAUUCCAAUUUUAUACGGUCUUAACAAGAGUGGCCAAUUGGGUUUUGUUGCAAAAUUGGACGCUUCUCAGAAAAAAGAAAGCGGUGGUUUGUCUGCUAUGAGGAUGUUUCAUUCUUUGGAUAAACAAGCAAGAACCGAAACUUCCGAUACCAAUUUGGAUUCGAUUCAUCAAAACGCUAUAACUUGCGUUUGCAUUUACAUCGGCACUAGAGAAAAGGCAUUGAAAAUUUCAACUUCUGGUGCCGAUGGUCAGUUAGUCAUAUGGGAUUUAAAUUCGUUAGAAAGAUCGAUUCAGAAUUUAAAAAUUGAAUAAUAAUAAAUUUUAUGCUGAAGAAGAAUAAAACGUUUUUUUUAUACUCCCGGAGUCUUUCAGCACUUUCAUACUGUUUUUUCUUUGUAAUUUUGAAUAACUUGUUCAAUUUCAAUUUUUCUGGAAUUACAACUAAAGUCAUUUUUA